UGUAUAUGAACGUAUAUAAGGCGUUGGAAUUUGUGAGAGAAAAUCGAUUACAUUUGACUAUCGGAUUCUGACUCUCUUGUUAAUCAACCUCAUCGUUAUCGAUCUCAUUUUUUUUUUCGUCAAUCUCAAUUCGAUUCUCAGCUCUCUGAUUCACCAAAUCUCCGAUCAUGGCGGCUCCGACGUCUUCGUCCGCCACGAACAUCAUGCUUGCCAUCUACGAGAAGAAGACCGUGUCAGUGGAUCUCUACCGUCCCCUCCGCAACUACAUCGUCUUCAAUUACUCCGAACGCGAGGCCCAAAACCUCGAAGACGAUCUCCAAACCCUAAAGCAAAUGCGCGCCGAUCUCGAACGCACCACCGCCGACUCCCUCACUGCCCGCCGCGACCUCCUCCAAAAUUACUACAAAGCCCUCUGCGCGGUCGAGUCUAGGUUCCCGAUCUCACCCGAUAAGGACCACGUCAACGCCAUCACGUUCACUUGGCACGACGCAUUCAAGAACAAGCAGAAGGCCUCGCAGCAGAACAUACACUUGGAGAAAGCUGCCGUGUUGUUCAAUCUCGGCGCGGUGCACAGUCAGAUUGGGUUGUCCUUCGACCGGUCCUCCAUAGAGGGGAGGAAACAGGGGUCGCACUCGUUUAUGGCGGCCGCCGGGGCAUUUGCGUUUUUGAGGGACAAUGCGUCCACGAAGGCGUCCAUGGGGAGUUCCACGACUGUGGAUGUUUCGGUUGAGUGUGCGGGGAUGUUGGAGAGGCUUAUGCUGGCGCAAGCGCAGGAAUGUGUGUUUGAGAAUACAAUUGCCAAGGGAAGCACCCCUGGUCUCUGUGCAAAAAUCUGUAGGCAGGUUGGACUCUAUUAUGAGGAAGCUUUGGCAGCGCUGAAUGUUGCACCUCUCAGCCAGCAUUUUGACAAGGCAUGGAUAACUCAUGUGCAGCUCAAGGUGGCCGUGUUUUAUGCCGAGGCAUGCUAUAGAUAUAGUUUAGAGCUGCAUGAGAAAGAAGAGAUUGCUGAGGAAAUUGCACGCUUGAAGAGUGGAAUUGGUGCUUUAUCUGAGGCAAAGAAAUCAUCCUCAAAGGGGGCUGCACAGCAGCUUUUGGAUGCAAUGAAUAAGUUGGAAGCCACUCUAAAUCGAAACCUGGAGAGAGCUAUGAAGGAGAAUGAUAGAGUUUACCUAAUGAGAGUUCCUGCGGCCAGCUCUUUAGCGCCUCUUCCAACAGUUUCAUUGGUUAAGGCUCUGGCAAUGGGUGAGGUGUUGGAUGCAAGCAAGGAGAAGAUGUUUUCAAGUCUUGUUCCUGACAGCAGUGCAAAAGCUCUUUCUAGAUACACUGAAAUGGUUGAUGACGUUAUCCGAACACAAGCUGAGAAAUUGCAACAAGGGAGUGAGCUAACCCGAGUGAGGCUCAAGGAAAUGGACUUGCCUGAUUCAAUUCUUGCUUUGGAAGGGAACUUUACCCUUCCUACAACUCUUAAAGAAGAUGUGGAGGCAGUGCAAAUUUGUGGGGGCCCAUCUGGUUUGGAAGCUGAGCUGCAGCAAGUUAGAGAUUUGAAGAGGGUGAAUCAGGAAUUGCUGGUCCAGACAGAGGAACUCUUGCAGAAAGAAGCGAGAGAAGAUGCUCAGUUUAGGAGCCAAUUUGGUACACGGUGGACUAGGCCACAGUCCAGUACUUUAACAAAGAACUUGCAGGACAGGUUAAAUAGAUUUGCAGCAAAUUUGAAGCAAGCUGGAGAAAGUGAUGCCCGUAUUGAGCGUUCAGUGAGAGAUCAUACAGCUCUCAUGUCAAUCCUUGAUCGCCGUCCGAUAGAAGCUGCCCUACCGACAUUGGCAAGGCCUAUUAUGUCUUUGGAUGCCAACGAAGAUGCUAUAGUGGGGGCCCUGAAGCAGAGUUUGAGGCAAUUAGAGACUCUUGGUGCUCAAAGGGCAGGUCUUGAAGAUAUGCUUAAAGAGAUGAAGAGGAAGGAUAAUAUCUUGCCGAAGUUGAUGACUUCCACGGGCUCUUAUGAGGAUCUUUUUAGAAAGGAGUUAGCGAAGUAUGAUCACAUUUGCGAAGAAAUUGGGCAGAAUAUUGAGGCACAAGAACAAUUAUUGAUACAAAUUCAGGCUCAAAAUGACGACUUUGCUGCUACAUUCAAUCUUGAAGAUUAUAAAGCAUCUCGAGAGAAGAGCUACAAGCAGAUCGAAGCUGCCAUAGCUAAGUUCCGCGAAAUUAAAGAGAACAUCAAUGAGGGACUGAAGUUCUAUGUUACUCUUCAGGAUGCUAUCACAAACGUAAAGCAGCAGUGCAGUGAUUUUGUAAUGACCAGAAGCAUACAGUGCCGAGAAAUGAUCGAAGAUGUACAAAGACAAAUUGCAGGCCUCAGUUUCCAGGAUGGUAAGAACACAGGUGCUUACAACUACCCUACAGCCGGACAGCCUUAUCAAAAUCAAAGAUCCAGUUCCCAACAGCAAACCGACACAGGGAACAUGCCGCCUCCUCUUCCCCAAGCACCACCACCUUACUACCAGCCCACCGAGCAGCCAACAAUGCCUGGAUAUGCUCACCCCCCUCCCACUUAUGGCUCUUCACAGCCCCCGCCACCUCCUUACCAUGUGCCAGCUACAGGUCCUCUGUAUGCACCACCGCAGCACCAACAGCAACCUGCAGUCGGCCAUGAGUACGGCCAACCUGCUUAUCCUGGGUGGCGUGGUCCAUACUACAAUACGCAGCCACAGCAACCCGGAUCUUUUCCUCGACCUCCUUACAACGUUCCUUCUCCAUAUCCUCCUCCCCACCAGAGUGGCUACUAUAAACAAUAGUCAGUUGAUCGAAUGUCUGUUAUUCGACGUAUAGUUUGACGGUAUAUGUUGUUGCCAGUUAUCAUUCUAUGGUCUCUGUAGGAUUGAUUGGAUUAAGCUAGAUUUCUUCUCACACAUGGCUGUCCAUUCGUUUGCGUAAGAUGUUGUAUGGGGAUUGAAUCUUCAUGUUCAAAGUAUAUUUGUAUUAUAGGUUGUUGCUUUUCCUAUUUUUGGCAUUUGUAAGACCAAUUUGUUUUUAUAUAAUUCAAGGAACGCAUAUACACAUCUAUGUCCUUGAAAUUGAUUCCUAGUUAUUUUCAAGCAGAAAAA